CCGUGUUUGGCAAGUUCAUCUUUUAAAGAAGCUGUUAUUAUUUCUAGAAGAGAAGAAAACUAAGGGCAAAUAUAAAGUGCGCAUCAAAGAGACAGAGUGGUCUUUAAAGCCAUCAUCACCUGUAGAAUGGGUGUUAGUGGCAUAAAAUUGAGCCAAGGGAGAUAGCUUUUCAACUUCCUUUUCUAUCAUUUUCUGAACUUCUAGAGCUUUCUGUCCUAUCUUCUUUCUCUAUCACCCCUUUCAGUGUCCAUCGUAUUUUGGAUCAGUUUUACUCUAGGUGAUCCUUACCUUCAUUUGAUUUUGUUGAUUACGGUCUAUGACUAUAAAGAUUUUUUUAAUUAGAAGUUAAGUUUGUUGCUGAUAUUCUUUGAAGUAUUUCAUCAGAGUAUAAAAAACCAUAGACAGAUCUUUUUUAAGUCAUAUAUAUAUUUCUAAUUGUUCUUGUUCCCCCAAAAUGAAGGGCUCAAAUAAUCAAUACCCAUUAAACUCUUUUUCCAAGCUUUUCAAUAUUCAACUCCACUUUGUUCAAUUUCUUACUUAUGUGCUCAUUUUGGGGUUUGGAGUAACCUUUGGAAUCAUCAUCAGUUUCUAUCUUAAAGACUGCACCUUAAGUCUACAAUUCACUCAGUUGUCACUCUCUGCCUUACCGCGAACAACGCCAGCUUUGCCACCACCAAUUGCAAAACCAGAAAUAUCCAAUCACAGUCACGUAGGAUUGAAGGAGUUCCUUAAGAUUCCUCAAGUUAUGCAUGAUAUGGAUGAUGAGGAAUUGCUAUGGAGAGCUUCAAUGAAUGCAAAGAUAGCUGAAUACCCGUUUGAUCGAGUUCCCAAGGUGGCUUUCAUGUUCUUGACAAGGGGUCCUGUGUUUUUGGCACCUUUGUGGGAGCAAUUCUUCAAAGGGCAUGAAGGGUACUACUCAAUUUACGUGCAUUCCAAUCCAUCUUACAACUUAUCGAACCCGGAGAGUCCAGUGUUUCAUGGUCGGAGAAUUCCCAGUAAGAAAGUGGAAUGGGGAAAUUGCAACAUGGUUGAAGCUGAGCGUCGCUUGCUGGCCAAUGCACUUUUGGAUAUCUCAAACCAACGUUUUGUUCUCUUAUCAGAAUCAUGCAUACCUCUAUUCAACUUUUCCACCAUCUACUCUUACUUAAUGAACUCUACCCAAAACUAUGUCAUGGCUUAUGAUGAGCCCAGCGCAGUUGGUCGCGGCCGGUACAACUUCCAGAUGUUGCCUGAUAUCAACCUCAGGGAAUGGAGAAAAGGUUCCCAGUGGUUCGAAAUGGACAGAGAGCUUGCAGUAGAAGUAGUAUCUGACAGAAAAUACUUCCCAAAUUUUCAGAAGUACUGCAAAGGUUCAUGUUACGCAGAUGAACAUUACUUGCCAACAUUUGUGAGCAUCAAGUUUUGGGAGGGGAAUUCAAAUAGAAGUUUGACUUGGGUUGACUGGUCAAGGGGUGGUCCACACCCAGCUACAUUUGUGAGAUCUGAGGUGACUGUUGAGUUCUUAGAGAAUUUGAGGAGCAAAAAAUGCGAGUAUAAUGGAAACGGCACCAAUGCUUGUUUCCUGUUUGCUAGGAAGUUCAUGCCCAGUACUUUGUCAAGGCUCACCGAGAUUGCACCAAAGGUUAUGCACUUUGAACAUUACGAUAGGUAUAGAUACAGAAAGUUAUCACUAAAACCAAAUUUUUAAUUCAUUCUUUUCCAUCUUGUAAGCUUUUUCAUUAAUUUAACUGGUAGACUUAUUU